GGGCUUGAUGUCUGAAGGAUGCGGCAGUCGAGGACGGAAGAUUUAAACAGCAACAAUCUGCGUUUAUUUUCGACCUAAUAACAAACUAGUGUGUUGACGACCAAAAAAACAAACCACUUGAAUAUUAAAGCAUGCGUGAAUUGCAGAUUUUACUUCAGACGAUGCGGUUGCAUGUAUUCGGUCUGCUAUGCCUAAUAUAACACUGCUGGAUUUAUGUGGAUGUACUGUAUUAUUCCUCAAAUCGGUUUAUUUCCAAUGUUUUUAUGACUGGUAAAUCUGUGAUCGUUUAAUAUGGAGUGUGAGAUGCAAGUCAUAUUAGAGCAGUUUAUGACCAGCCCUCUUGUUACUUGGGUUAAGACAUUUGGUCAACUAGGUGAUCAGGAAAGCAACAUGUUCUCUGAAUACACUGAAUUAGUGGACGGCAUAUUUUUAAACAAGGUCAUGGAUCAAAUAAAUCCCAAAGGCACCGUUCAAGGCUUAAACAAAGUGAAUAAUGAUGUCGGUCAGAGAGCUCAAAACCUGUCUGUUCUCAUUUACCACAUCAAAACAUACUACCAGGAGACCCUGCAUCAGCUGGUUAUGGUUUCACCUCCCAAUGUGCUGCUGCUGGGCAGAAACCCGCUCUGUGAGGGAAGUCUGGAAGAAAUCAAUAAGUUGCUCUUACUGUUGCUUGGAUGUGCUGUACAGUGUGAAAAGAAAGAAGAGUACAUUGAGAAGAUCCAGAGUCUUGAUUUCGACACCCAAGCAGCGAUCGCAGCUCAUAUCCAAGAGGUCACCCACUGUCAGGAGAACGUCUUUGAUCUGCACUGGCUGGAGAUGGAGGGUUUGUGUCCAGAGGAAUGGGAAAAUCUUGGCAGAAAUAUAAUCAUCGAUCUGAAAAUGCUAGUGGACCAACGAGACCGGCAGUUUGAGACUAUAGUAGAGCUGAUGCAGGGGAAUGAGAUGGUGCAGUCUGCGGUGUACACUGAAAGCCCCUCCCUCACGGAGUCCUCCGGAUGCCAGCUUCCUUUAUCCCAACAGCAUCUGCCACUGGAGCUGACCGAUGCUAAAGCCAAGAUCAAACGCCUACAACAGGAGCUAGAAGAGAAGAGUGAACAUCUGUUGGACUGCAGGCAGGACCUGGACGGUAUGGAGGCGGAGCUUAAAAAGCUUCAGCAGGAGAACAUGCAGCUUCUAACAGAUGCUCGAGCAGCCCGGAUGUACCGUGAUGAGCUGGACGCUGUGAAAGAAAGAGCCAUCAGAGCAGACAAACUGGAGAGUGAAGUGGCACGCUACCGAGAAAAACUUCACAAUAUGAACUUUUACAAAGUCAAGCUAGAGGAGCUUAAAGAGGAUAACCAGGUGUUGAUGGAAAGCAAAGUCAUGCUGGAGGAACAGCUACAGAACACGAGAGCACGAGCUGACAAACUGCAUCACCUGGAGAAACACAACCUGCUGCUGGAGGCAAAACUUCAUGAUGUGGAGGAGGAGAGAGCCGUAGACAGGAGACUCAUAGAGGAGCUGAUGGAGAGAAAUGUGACGCUGGAGCUGUCCCACAAACGGACCAUGGAGGAAUCACAACAUCUAGGAUGGGAGCUGGAACAGCUCGGCAAGAACCCUCAACACAAUUCAGGAUCAGUUUCAGAGUUGAAGUCCUUAGGUCAGGAGGUCACAGAAAGGACAUGUAGCAGGUUACUGAAGCUGGAAAAAGAGAACCAGAGGUUGCUAAAGGCCCUUGAGGAACUCCAAGGAACCAGACUCACAUCAGAUGACACACUCUCUUAUAUUAGUCAAGAGUGCCCUACGUACCACCCGUCUCGAAGGACUCUGGAAGAUAACAUUAACGUACAAGAAGAUCAAAGGAUUCACAUGACUGACUGCUUUACUGAGAAGACAAAAGAAAUGACAGAGGAUAAAUCUGAAUGUGUAGUGGAAAAUGGGAAAAUGGACCAAGGAGAUUGUAAGAGUCACGAGUCGUCUCUAGCAUUUACAAACGGCGGCCAAAUGACCGCACUGACCAGCGACACGGAACAUCAACAUCUGCAUGCAUCCUUAGAAAAUGGUAACUGUCUUGAAUCAGAACUCCAUGAGGUUGAGAACCUUCAGAACAAUCUGCACCAAGGACUGGAGAAGGGCCACCAAGAGGUAGAAAAGAAACAUUUGGAGAAGGAGAAUUGGCGACUACGACAGCGAGUGAAGAUCCAGCAGGCUUCUUUGGAAAGUAGUAGCAUCAAGUUGGCCGUUCUUAAGAAAGAAAACCGUACCAUGGUUACAAAAGUCAACUGUUUUAGUGAGGUCUGCAUCAAUAUUAAAGAUCUGGAAAAGGAAAACCAAGAGCUGCUGCAACAGGCUGCGACGGACAAGAAGUUGCAGACAUCAUUGCGAGAGGAACUGCUGGACCAGAGAUUAAGAACUCAACAGAAGGAGACCGAUCUAGAGAAAGUGACGUACGAACUGGAGAAGCUGAGGUUGAAGCAGGGGAUGGGAAUGGGAGACCAGCAGUCUGGCGACCACGCGUGUCAGCAGUUAGAGUCAGAGCUGGAGUCUUCUCUGAUGAAGUCUCUGAAGAUUAAAAAGGAAAGAAUGGCAAGUCUGGAAGCACGUCUGCAGGAGUCGUCCAAGAUAAACAAGCAGCUACAGCAGGAUCUUAAAACUGUCAAACAGAACUAUGAAGCUUUACUUGAGAGGCAGGAGGAGAAGUCCUAUCAAAGCUCUCCGCCAGAGAGGGAGUGGCAGAUAGAGAGCCAGAAAGCCACAUGGGCGUUGCUCAAGGUCAAAGAUCAACUGAUAGAGGUGGAGAGAAACAACGCAACGCUGUUGGCAGAGAAGCAAGCGUUGCAGACUCAGCUGCAGAGCUUGCAGACGCAGUCAGACAGGUUGCAGGCACAAAUAGUUGCAUUUCAGCAGCAGACUGCUUCCUUGCAGGAGAGCAACACAACUCUGCAGACGCACAACGCACAACUGCAAGUUGAGAAGUCCAUUGUGUCUACCCAGAAUGCCUCUCUGAAAGCCCAUAAUGGCCAGCUGCAGCGGGAGCGUCAGAGUUCAGAGACGGAGAGGGAGGCUGCGGUACGAGAGAGAGAAGAUCUGCGCACCGUUAAUGAACUCCUCCUGCGAGAUCACGAGAGACUGAGCGUCCUGCACGAGAGACAGGCGGCCGAGCUGGAGGUGCUUUCCCACAGGUACUCCACACUGGAGAGUAACCAUCGAACCCUGGAGAUAGACCACAGAUCACUGGAGGACAGGUAUGACGCAUUACUUCAGCAGACAGCUCAACUGGAAGGAUUCAAGAAAGCUCUGAGAGAAGAACAGCAGAAGAUGCAGGAUGAGAUAUUAACACAGAGAAACACAACAGCAGAAUGCCAAAGACUACGAGAUGAGAAGGACUGGUUGAAUCAGACCUACCAGAAGCAGUUAGUGGAAAAUGAGGGACUUCAGACGGAGCACAGCGACAUUAAGAGUCAGCUGAAGUCCAGCAAACAGGAGCAGAAACAGCUGGAGUCCGAUCUGUCCAGACUCAAAGAGCAGAACCAACAGUUGGACAUCACCACCAUUAAACUGAGCAACCAGUGUGAGUUGUUGACCCAGCUGAAGGGGAACUUGGAAGAAGAAAACCGCCACUUGCUGGACCAGAUCCAGAGUCUGAUGCUGCAGAACCGGACCCUUCUAGAUCAGACCAUGGAGAGCAAAGACCUGUUCUAUGUGGAACAAAGACAAUACAUAGACAAACUAAAUGAACUCAGAAGGCAGAAAGAAAAGCUGGAGGAGAAAAUCAUGGAUCAGUACAAGUUUUAUGACCCGUCACCUCCACGCAGACAGAAGAACUGGAUUACGCUGAAGAUGAAGAAGCUGAUGAAGACUCGAAGUCGCGACCAGCAACACGUUCAUUCCUCGGCUCCUCCUCUCCACUCCGAGUCCUGUGAGGGUCUGGAUAACUUGCGUUGCCGUGACAACACGUCCUUAACCGGUUCUCAGGGCUCGGAGGAAUCCGCCUCCAACUCCCUCAACGGCGAUGGCCUCUCCCCUAAAAAGAGCAGCAUCAUCCCUCUGAAAAUGUUUCAUGUUAAGCGUAACCGAGCAAAGGAUCACAGAGGGACCGACAAAGUCAAGUCCCUCUUCCGUCGAUCUCUGUCCAUGAAUGACCUGCUUCAGGCAGAGGCGGGUCUAGACGAAGAGAAGAUAUUACAGCACUCCAACGUCAUGUCAAAAAUCCACUCCACAUCGUGGUCAUCCAUACAUCAUUACUGUUCCAUAGACGGUCAAAAAACAAUUCUCGAUCAAGGUAAAGAUUUACGAGAUGCAAUUCCACCAAGUGUUGCAAAUGGGCCUGAAGACCAAAAUCCUAGCUUGAAUGGGAAAUCGCGUCGCGCCCACAGUGCCAGCAGCAGCGGUGAGUUCAGCGUGAGCUUUGAGAAUGGCGCUUGGUCCAGCGACAGCAGUCCCCGUCCAGACCCACUCUACAGACAUCACAGAUCCAGUGACACCUCUUCUCCAGCCCAACCCGGUCACGAUGAGUCCAAACCGGGCUCUUCCUCCGGGAGCGGGGUACGGAGAUCCAGCAGUGGAAGAUCCACUGGAGAUCGUUCAUUCCACAAGUUGGACAAAGCAAGCAUCGGUUUAUAUAAAACUCAAAGUGUUCAGAGUACAGAGGGCGAUCUGAAAUCUGCUCUCGAGACUCAAGGGAAGUCUUCUUCUGUAUCCGGCUGUUUGAAUUGCUUCGCCACUCCAAUGCGGAGCCCCAAACCGGGCCACGAUCUUUUUGGUUUACCUCGCGCCAGCUGCGUCAUCUCCACGUCGGAGGGCAACAGUCGGCGCGCAAGUGUCCACAGCACCGCGUCCGGGAGGUCUGUGGCAUCUCUGUCGAAUAAAAACGCUGCUGAAUCUCAAUCGAAUCAGUGUGACCCUAGUGAGGGGAGUUUGAAAGAAACCACAGACUUAGAAGCAGAGGACAGAAAGACUGAAAAAAUGUUUGAUUCCGAGUUCACUAUAGAGUCAGUCUUCACUAACACGAUUUUCAGUGAGACUAGGUAAGGUAAUACCAGUCAGACCAGAAUCUGGACACUGAGACCAGGAUGAUUUUUCAAAUCAAAUGAAGAUAUUUUAAUGAAAGUUUGUAACUAAGGCGUUUUUGGUCACCAUCGACUCCCAUAGUAGGACCAAAGACUACAAUGGGAGUCAAUGGUGACCCAAAACGGCUUAGUUACAAACUAUCCUUGAAAUAUCUUCAUUUGUGUUAAACACAACAAAGAAAUGUAUACAGGUUUGUAACAACUGGAGGUUGAGCAAAUAAUGACAAAUGUUCAUUUGAACUAUUCCUUUAAAGUCCCAUUUUCUGUGAAACUGCUUUGCAAUCAAACAAAUAUAUCUAGAGUUGAACUGAUAUUGGCUUUUUCCAAAUUGAGCUAACAAAUAGGGUCAUUUUGAUUUCAUGGGGACAUUAAGCACUGUCUUCUGAGAACAAGUUGUUCAUAGUGUGUCUUGGUUUGGCUGGCACACAGAACCAUGGGAACUUUCAAUGAAAGAUUUAUCAUUUGUACCAUUCUUUUUCCCUCAUCUGUCUUUGUAUUCCUGUUCAAUGUAUUUGGGUGAAGGUGUAUUUUUUCUUUGUCUGUUAUGCUUGUAUAAAUUUCAAGUGUAACCUUAAUUUUGUGGUUUUUUUCUUUUCCGAAUUACUUGCAUGAAAGAAAAAAAGUAUUUUUCUUGUGUCUCAGCCCCUGUUCAUGUCAUUUAUAUUUGUCAUGUGCACUGUAUAUUAACACCAUAUUUCCUAAUGCAGAAUAAAAGCAAAAUGCACCUUGUAUUUGUUAAAACCAGCAAACAUCCUCUGCUUUCAUGCUGCUUUAGCUGUUAGUUUUUUCUGUUUUGUGUUGUUUUUAUUUUCUACAUUUUAAGUAUGUGUAUUUAAGAAUAUAAACAAAUAUUGUAUGAUUUUGAUUAAAUACAAUUGAUCUUUAUGUUC